UUUGUAACUUUAAAAUGUACUGAAAAAAUAAAACUAAUACUGUGUUAAUAGUACAGGUCAAAACUGAAGACCGGCAUACACAUCAGAAAACAAACAGUUCAUAAAUAUAAGAAGAAAAUAAAGCAAACAUGUUUGAUCAUAAAUCUAAGAUGGACAAAAUCAGUUUCUAAUUGUUAUUUGCACCUAUAUGCACCUCAAUGUUGCCUAUUUAUGGCAUACACAUAUAUGCAGCGUAUAUAUUAUCAUAAUGUGCAUACUGGAUAUAGGUUAAAAAUAUGCGCAUACAUCCUCAGAUAGAUUCUUUACAUGAUGGUUUGUAACACCAAAUGUAUAGGCUUAGAUACUUAUUAACUACAUGAAACUUCAAAAAAAUCUUUUUGAAAAAUUAUACAUAAGAUUAAAUAAAGAAAACAAGCUAAAUCUUACCUUGCCAACCACAUCUUGUAGCGAACGUUAUAAAAAAAGCACGAGGGCGAGUUUAUUAUUCAUACCGCUCGCCACCAGGGGGCGAAAGAAAUGUUUUACUUUUCAAAACGUGUAUAUUUUGGUUACACAGCGUAACCAAUAGGUAAACAAUUAAAUUGUUUGUUUUUAGUGUCUCCCCCUUCGAAAUAAGUAUUUUGAAUGUAUCGUCCUUCUACUUUUCUUUUUGAUUUACUUACUUCCGUCUACUAGUGAGGGGUUACCUUGGUAACGGCAAUACACAUGUAACGGCUACCUAUUGCUUGCAAACCAUGAGUGAAGAACUAGACGAAGAGGUUUUAGACGGUCUUACAGAAGUCGAAAAAUUGUAUACAGUUUUUCAUGGAGCGUCGCAAGAAGAUGUGGCGUACGCAAAGCUUUUCUGGAAUUCUCUUUCUCUUCAACCACCGAUAGAGUCCCGUCUCGUUUCUUCCGACAUCAGACAGCGCUUAAAAGUUGCGAAAACCCCGAACACCACAAAUGCUGCUGCAAAUCAAGCGCCAUGGUCAAAGAGGAAUGAGGAAAUCCAACAAGAUGCUUACCUGAGGCAAAAGCAGGAGGAGAAGCAGAGAUACAUGGAGAUGGCAAAAAAUCGAGACCAGAUUAUCGCCCUUCUGAAAAAGCAGAGGGAUGAACGAAUUAAGAAAGAGAUGAUUGCCUACAAGCACAAACCAAAAAAAGGAAAACUAGAAGAAAAAAGAUUGGCUCCAAAGACACUUUCAUCAGAUGUGGAUGAAGACCAGAAAGAAGUUCAGAAGCUCCAAUAAAACACACUAAUAAGAUGAAGUCUUUUUCCAGUUGGCAAUAAAUGAUCCACAUAAACUCCAUCUCAGCAAAUACUUUAUCUUUCAAAAUUCAUAGAUAUGUUCUCCCAACUGUAGCCAACAAAAGAGAAGUGUCUCAAAAUAGAAGCUGUGGUUUAACAUAUUUACAAGCUAAAAUACUUUUUUAAAAUGCAUUUUUUUAUUUCAUACUUAUGUAUUUUAUAUUAUCAUAACUUAAUUAAAUAAUACAAAAAUAACACUAAUAACAUGAAUAUUUAAAAUCAUUUAACACUUCUAAUAUAUUAGAACAGUUUUUUAAGACUAUUUGUGGCCCUGGACCACAAAACCAUUAAUAGGUGUCUUUUUUCUUUCAUUUUAAAAAAUAUUUAAAUGUAUGCAUAGCAAAAUAAAUAUGAUUUCAAUAUGUGAUAGUUGAUAAGUGAUAUAUCUUGACCAAUUUGUGUGCUACUCUUUAAAUAUAUGUAAUCCAAGGGCUUUAAAAAUAAUAUUGAAAAAAUCACCUUUAAAUUUGUACAAAUUAAGUUCUUAUUAAUACAUAUUACUACUUAAAUUACGUUUUGAUAUUUAGAGUAAGACAUUUAAUAUUGAUAUUGCCAAAAUAUAACCAUGUAACAUAAGAUUUUGUGAUCCAAGGUUACAUUUCUGUCCUAUUUAAAAAUGUAAUGUUUUAGUGAAAUAUAUUGGUGUAUUUAAGUUAAUUUAGCUAUUUAAUAUGAGUUUUUGUUGCCUUUUUAACAAAUCUGUUAACUUGAUACUGUUUAAUUCCUUGUACUUAUAAGCUAUAAUGUGAUUUGUUCGUCACAUAAAAGCUCACGGCUUCUUGGCCAUUGUCAGUUGAUGAUGUAUUAUGA